GGGUGUGUAACUUAACACUGUCUCCCUUCCACAGAAUCAACUACUCGCAUUAAAACUGGCCAUGACUGCAGCUAUCUAGUUUCUGUCAUCAUUACUAAACAUAUCGCCUCCUUUGAAUCAAGGACUACUGGAAUUAUUCGGGUUGCUGUCGUUUAUCGUCUGGUUUGACCUGCUUAACCACUAACGUCCUGAACAGGAUUUGCGGUCUGCCAAUGAGGAACUACAGGCUCAUCUUCUGCCAUAACCUGAAGCAGCCAUAGAUGAACAAUCCGUUUACUACUAGUGAGUGGAGCAGGAGAUAAAGUGAACUUCUGGGCAUUUCUACAAUAAGACGGACUGAAGCAGCCAGGCUGUGGAGGCGAUGAGGAAGAGCCUCAAUACUUCCUUCAGCGACUCCCUCAGCGAGGCCAGAGUGUUCGGGAUCCCCCUGGAGGAGGUGCAGCACAGCGGGCAGCCAGGACAUGAGGUCCCCCUGCUGGUCAGGAGCAUCGUGGAGUACAUUGAAGAGCACGGAGGGCUGCACCUGGGUCUAUUUCUAGUGAAUGGGAACGCAGAACGCGUGGAAUGGCUCAGACAGCGCUACGACAGCGGCGUUGAAGUGAACCUGGAGAAGGAGGCCGACCUGUCAUCCGCCGUCAGCCUGCUACGCCUCUUCUUGCAGGAGCUCCCCGAGCCCGUCAUCCCUGCAGGCUUACAGGCGCAAAUAAUGCAGCUCUAUCAAGACUACAGCAGUGAGGAAGAGCUGGGCAGAAACAUGAAGUACUUCCUUCAACAGCUGCCGCAGGUCAAUUACAGCUUGCUCCGCUUCUUGUGCCGGUUUCUGUCUGGUGUGGUGUCUCUUCAGGAGGAGAGCUGGAGCAUAGGAGCUCUCGCUGCUGUCUUCGGACCAGACAUUUUCCAUUUAGACACAGAUGUGGAGGAUCUGAGAGAGCAGGAGUCGGUCAGCCGUAUUCUGGCAGAACUGCUGGAGAACCAGGAGGAGUUCUUUGACUCGGAGGACGACGACAUCUCCAACACCAAUGACUACAGCUCCAUUAAUGACCAGAUCACUGAGCUCCUGGAGGAAGAGAAGUUGGAGGCUUGCGAGGAGCUCCCGCGGGACGGGGAGGACGGUCCCUCCUCCCUGUCCCCUAAACAUGCCCAUGUCACCCCCUCCUCCAGUUCGCACAUUUCUUCCAUCAGCAUUCUUCCAGGAUCUGCCGCUAUAAUCCAGAGGAGCAUCCGUGCUGCAGUGGAACAGCACUUGUUGGACUUACAGACGUCUUUUGACAAGGAGCUCGGCAGCUAUGAGAGUCAAGUGUUGGACUCCCAACUCCUUCAGGGAAACUGCCCUAUUCAGAAGUCAGCAGGGUCUGAGGAGCAUGAAGAUGUGCAGUCUGAAUCUGAGGCUCUCCCAGAGGCUACAGAGGAGGGCCUGCCAUCAGAGAAUAGCGAGGAAUCUCAAGGCUCUCAGCUCAGCAGCCCUGUCACGGAAGAAAAUUCUGGGAUGGACCUUGACACGGAGACUCUCAUAGACGCUGAGAAUCUCAGCACAGAAAGACUGGAGAACUACCCAGACUAUGAGCAGAUGGACCAGGCUGAUGAGUGUAUUUGUGAGCCCGGAGACUGUGACCUGAAUGCUAAUACUGAGUCCACAGAGCCAGCCAGCGGCCCUCAGUCUUUGACCAGGAGCAUUUUCUCAGACAGUGAACAAGAAGAAUCAUGCCCCAUCAAUUUCCCAUCCAUUGACUUCACAUGUAUGCACCUGCAGAGAGAAGGGAACCCUGUGCCAGUGUUCAUGUCAUGGCAAGAGGAGACCGAGUCAGGGGAGGCCCAACUGUCUCCGCUGGCGGGCUGCAUGAUGCCCCCACCUCUAGAAGAAGAUACUCAGCCGCUACUGGCCCGGCGGUUUCUGGAGUUUGGCCACAGUCAGCGGUUCUUGCAGCAGGACCACGAUGCUACAUCCUCCACCAAAGCUUUGCCCUGUGGGAGGCCUCGCCGUGCUUCCCUCCCUUCCAAAGACAGUUUGAAGGGAGACACCGUUUCCCAACAGUUCACCAAGAAACUCCAGAACCUCAAGAAGAAGAUCAAGCAGUUUGAGGAACAGUUUGAAAAAGAGAGAAACUACAAGCCGUCUCACGCUGAUAAGGCAGCUGAUCCAAAGGUGCUGAAGUGGAUGACUGACCUUACCAAAAUCCGCAAGCAGCUCAAAGGACGACAGCACCUCUUACCCAAAGGUUCCCUGAGGCACCCGGCCGUGCUUCAGUCAUACAGACGCCACUCGUCCUCUUCCUCCGUCCCGAACACACCCCAUUUUACACUGUCACGCCCCCUCAAUGCCUCUAGACAGGCGCCCCACUUCUAUGCCAAACACAAGGCUGAGAGUGAGCUGACUCCACAGACGCGGCCACGCAGUAACACUCUGCCCAAGAGCUUUGGAUCCACACUGGAUCAGUCGGCUCACGAGGACCCUGUGGAGAGUGAGGCAUGGGGUCACCGGCCCACAAGAGAAGAGACGCUGGAGCUCCUUCAGCACUGCAUCCAAACCAAGAGAGCCGAGGACGGCUGGCCAGAGGACAUCAGAAAAAUGACCAAGGAGCAGCUUGCCAGUGAGAAAACAGUACUGCAGAAGAACCUUCUGUACUAUGAGGGAAUUCAUGGGCGCCCAGUGACCCGAGAGGAGCGCUUGAUUGUGAAACCCUUGUAUGACAGAUAUCGGCUGGUCAAGCAGAUGCUCACCCGUGUCAGCAUCACCCCUAUCAUAGCUUCUCCCUCCAGCAAACGGCGCAAUCAGAUGCUACAGCCCAUCAUCGAGGGCGAAACUGCCCACUUCUGUGGUGAGAUCGAAGAAGAGGAGGAGGAGGAGGAGGGCAGGGGCCAGCAGGAAAAUGUAGAGCUGCAGAGCGAGGGUUUGGAAAUCAUCAUGGACCCAGUAGCCCAGCCCAGCUCCCUGCAGCCCACUCAGGAGAACGUCCUCAGCUCUGGGAAGCUCAAUCUUGAUCUGCGUCUGUCCAGUUCCAACGCCUCCUCAAUGCCCGAGCUCCUGGAACAGCUAUGGAAGGCCAGAGCGGAGAAGAAGAAACUGUGGAGGACCAUCAGAGAGUUUGAAGAUGAAUUCUACCAACAGAAUGGCAGGAAUGUUCAGAAGGAAGACCGCAUGCCUAUGAUGGACGAAUACAAGGAGUACAAGCGCAUUAAAGCCAAACUGCGGCUUCUGGAGGUCCUCAUCAGCAAGCAGGAUUCAUCCAAGUCCAUCUAAAGCGCCCCGUUCCAGGAGCCUGCACCAUCUCAACAUCCUGACGGUACUCCAUCAACGUCAACCACUGGAGAAGAAGAAGAAACACAUGUCCUCUGUCAUCUAAAAAAGUUACCUACAGGAAGAACGAAGUUCCCUUGAGUUUGAUAUUCAGAUUUUUGUCUUUCUUUUCCACAAGCUUUCUCAUACUGAGAAUCGUGCUGUGUUGAGUGAUCGCAUCAGUUCUACAUAUAUAUAGACAUCAAGCACUGAACUCUUCCUCAGACCACACAGAUGGUCAUCAUAUUUCAACACCCACAUCACACUCCUCCUCGCCCUAAUUCAUGCUCUUAGAGGGUGCGAUUUGGGUCCUAUGUAUGUAUACUUGUACAGACUAUAC